GCAUGUUUGUGCUAACCCAGUGAAGUGUUAUGGAGGAGGUGCGAGUGGCCGACUGGCCCGAGCCGCCCGGCGCAAAUGCAUGGCUCCCGGCUUACGGUUUCCAGCAUGAGAUUGACAAAGACGACUAUUUCGGCUCCAAUGGCGACAAUGGCAGCAACCACGCACUGUACCUCGAAACAAUAGUAGAAGAGACGAGCGAUGACCUCCGUUCCGAGCGGUCAUCUGCAGCGACAUGGCUUUCUGAUUCGGACGCGGACUCAGUCAUACACGUGCGGGGAAAUGCUGGAUCAGAGUGCGACAGCGAAUCAGAGCGCGAGUGGGCCUGUCCGGCGAAGCGGCGGCGGCGCGAGCGGGCCUCCUCACCCACCAGCACAGGCUCGCUGUCCCGCUCCUCCAGCCUCGCUCAGUUCGAGUCCCUCGAACGCUCAUGCGCGGCGCCGGCGUCGCCUAGCCUGUCUCCGGACUCCCUAGAGUCUCCCGUCGCUUCACCGCCACCUGCCCACCUGCCACCCGCGCCGCGACCGCAUCUCUCCGCUGAGAACUUAAGUGAGGACAGUGGGUACAGCGAGCGCGCUCGGCGCCCGCCCCCGCUGCGUCGGCAGCCCGAAAUAGCGCCGGGCGCUGCCGGCUCUGCGCCCAACCUCGCCUCGCCCAGUGCAGAGCGGCGUCCAGCCCGCGCUGCGCGCGCCCUCUCCCUCCCAGCCGAGCUCGACGUGUGCGCCGAGCCGCGCCGGCACGCCACCGCGCACCGCGCGCGCUUUCGACAAACCUUCGAGGUCACCGAGAGCUUCACCGUCAGCGUGGCAGACCUCACCGCGCUAGACUACCGCGGCGGCCCGCGCCGUCCGCGUCUGCCCCCGCCGCCGCCGCCGCGCGUACAUCCUCCACCACCUCCCCCUGUCUACAUAGCUCGACAACCCUCUCCUCCCGUGCGAGAACCCAGCGCUGCCAGCGAUGAUACCACGGAAUCCGAGAUCGCGUUCGCGCGCGAGAUGGAAGCCACCGCACGGAGACUCGACGAGGCCGCGAAACGCGCGCUGGAAGAUACGGGCAACUACGAUCGGGAGCUGUCCGUGCUGACGGCGAAGAGGCUGCGGGACUCGUGGGGCGCGUGGGACGACGUUUUGGACGAAUUGCGGCGGCGGAUGGAGCCGUCACCGCCGCGGUCGCCGUCGCCGCGCGCGCCAGCGUUCUCGUCGACGCCGCUGCGCUCCGGUGACGCACGGGUGCGCUCAACACCUGAGUUGCGCGCGCGCGAAGCACCGCGAGAGACGCCUGAAGAGUUGCGCGCGUCGCUGCAGUUAGUGGCGCCAGCGCCGGCCGGGCCGCCCGCGCGUUCCAUUUCCGCCGGUUCCAAAGGCGUAACGUUUUCGCCGGUGGUCGCCGAAGUCAGCUGGCGCGAGGCGAGCGCCUCAUCCACGAGCGAGAGCGUAUCAUCCACGAGCGCGAGCGACGACGCGGCGGACGCGGAGGUAAUAGUGGUGGGGGUCGAGGCGCCGCGCGCGCCGCACUCAGACCGUUGCGCUGCGAUGACGGACGCGGGCGCGCGCGCUCCGCGCAGCCGCAUAGCGGGCUUCUUAUCCCGCUUCGCGAACUUCCGUUUCUCGGGACGCAAGGAGAAGAAGACUCGCGCAGGCGCGAACGGGCGGGGUGCUCCGAGCCCGGCAGACGCGGGGCAGGGACCGCGCGCGGCGGCCGGGCCGCAAUAUGUCCGUAUCCCGUUGAAGGAGGAGGUGUCGCGCGCGGCGGGACCCCCGGCGGGCGGCGUGGCGCACAAGCCUCCGCGGGCGCGCCCGCCGCCCGCUCCAGGAGUGCUGGAGACGGACGUGGACACGCAGCGCACGGUGCUGCACGCGCGCUCGCUGCUGGCGCUGGCCCCGCCCGACCAGCGCGCGCCGCGCCCACACAAGUCCAUGGAAUUCCUCCUCGACAAGGAGAGCGCACAAACCAUACAGCCCCCAGAGAACGAACUGCAGAAGAAUUCGGACCGCGUUCUAUCGGAGCACGAACUGCGAGUCCAGAGGUCGCUGCAGAAGCUCAAUGUGCCAGAAUGGUACAAGAAUGCCCCGGCGCCCCGCGAGGGCUUCCUGCUGCGCAAGCGGCUGUCUGACGCGUCCAGCGCGCGCUGGAGCGGCCUCAGCUCGAAGACCACUUCUUUGGGCAGUCUUGGGGCCUCCGCCCCUCCGCCCCCGCAGCUGUCCCCGCACACCACCAGCUUCGGCAGGUGGUCGACUAGCAGACUCAACUCUAACCAAACGUCUCCGUGUUCGUCAACCCGCAGUAGUAUCCGUGGCACCAGUCCGCUGUGCUCGCCGUCUACUCGCUCAUCGUUCAGCGCGCGACAACCGUACCUUGGCUGGAGAAGCCAGGAGCGACUGAACACCCCACGUACCCCGCACGAGAGGCUAGCGUCCUCGCUCCUUCAGCAAGCCGCGGCCACCAAGGCCUCGGAAGAGAUCCAGACAUCCAUCAAGGAGGUGACCUCGGCCAUUGUCCACUACGUGUCGGGCCUGGAGCCGGCCAACGGCGACGCGGACAAGUCCCCGCGAUCCAGCCAGAAGCUGUUCUGGCUUGAGAGCUCCUUUGUUGGUACGAAGCCUCUGGACUCCCCUCAGACACCGCUGGUAGUGUCCGAAGCACUGCCCCCGCCGCACCCCCGCCCGCCCUCGUCCCUCCGCCUCGACCACCGCGCCGCGCCUGACUGGCAGGACUCGCAAAGGUCCCUCGUGGCCAUCGGGCGGCCCUCGCCAGGGUCGACCACGCUGGAGGACGUGCUCGACAGCCUGCUGGGCUUGCCGUCGCAGCCGACGAGGAUACCCACCCCGCAGCCGAGUCCGAGGAAGGCCAAUAGCCCGUAUUACUUGAUGGGUGGAAAGAGCCCCCGUUACGAGCAGCUAGCGAGCAGCGGGCACAGCAGUGCCUCCCCCGCCUCCCGCUUUCUCAGCACCCCCAGCGAGGAGCCCAGCUCCUUCACCGACCCCAGCCCCGAUCCCGAGCGACCAGGCAAGAAUUCAGUUGAUACCCCCGCAGCGAUGCAUGUGCGUUCGCGUUCGGCGAUGGGCGAGCCUCGCCGCAGGAGUGAGCCCUUCGCGUGCCCCAGCGCGUCCCUCGACCGCCGCACCAGCCUCGACGCUCUCCGGCCCGCAGCAGUGGAUCUGCAGUCCACGCACCACGAGUCCCGCGCCUCGCUCGCCUCUAUACUCACAGAGAACAGCGUGGAAGAACCCGUCGUCAAGUGCAAAUACCCCAAAUGCGGCUCAAAAGCACCUUUAGCAGACGCGAAACGACACUACAAAACUUGUCACAACUGCUCUACCAUGUACUGCUCUAAAGAAUGCCGGAGAGCGCAUUGGGAGAAGCAUAGAAAACUGUGUCUACACUCGCGGGCGAGUGCGCUGUGCAGGCAGAUCAUAUCAGCGGCGAAGGAGGACGAGGACUCCCGCAACCAAAUAAGCAAUGCUGGUCAUAAAGGAUACCUAGCCCAGGGACGCGGCGUCGUCAAAGUGUUCUUCACGAGCACCGACGCCGCCGAGAAGUUCGUCACCCACGGCUACCAAUACUUGACCGAGCCGGAAUUCGUGAAAUGGUCGUCACUGCAGCCGAACGAGAUGGGCGUCGAACUAUACACGGAAGUAGGGAGGUUAUGCAAAGCGUACAACCCCGAAACCAGGGUGAUAUUAUACGUGGCCGUUUGCAUUAUUAGCGAGGUACCUACUAAAGGCGCCGUCAAAUGGGAACGGCAGAUGGUGUCGCGUUGCGCGAAGCUCCGUCUCAGCAAGUCCGUCACCGCCUCUAUCCAAGAACAGAAUCGCCGGCGGUACAGGAGGGACAGCAAGACCGCGCCGGAGGACAGAGAGACUCUCAUCCUGACGUCGAAAUUAGAAGUUGCCGGGGAGAAGAACGCGGCUACCGCCCACAAAUUCCGAGAGAUCUGUUUCAAUAAUAUUCUUCUAGAAUUAGAAAAACGUGGAGUGACUUUGAAGAAGCACUUCCCUGAAGUGUAUUCGAGGUUAGCGGCGUACGUUGACGGCACGAGCGAUCGGUUCAUACCGAUGACUUUUUACCCUAGAGACGCUACGAGUGGGAAGACGUUUAUGUGCAUAGUCAUGCCGGACACUGAUGUAGAAGCCACUACGCCGGUCGACGGGAAAGUGACAACUGUCGACGUCGGGAUCGACCGUUCAAAGCACCAGCUUUCAACGCCUAUGUAAAGCGAUGUCCACAAGUUGUGAACAUGGAUGGAAGUUGUGGACAUUCGGCCAAUUUUAAUACACAAAGGUUUCUCAUUAGCUCCUAUCCAUAUUAGUUAAGGAUUAGCUGCCAAAAUAAUUAAAUAAACCUUUACAUAUCCCAAUUCCUGAUUUAAACGUGCGAUUGUGCGACCUUAACAUAACCUUUAUUCAUAAACUGUGAUGGAAGCUUUAUCAGUGAUGAAAGUGAUGUCAGAACCGCCCACGGCCGGCGGCCCAGAGGACCUCACAGUCCGAGGACGUGGGCACGGCACGAACUCAUUAUUUUUGAAAUUUCAUGAAUUUGCUACGUGCCUCAGCUAGUGCUGCUAAGCCACUUGCGGUGUCAAGAGAAAGCCAUUCAGCUAAUGAGUACAUAAAACACAUUACAAGAUGUUUAGAAAAAAAUCAGAAUGUAGAUGUGUUUUAUUUGUGACUUGAGUUAGGUAUGGAAUAAGAUGUGGUGUGAAUAUAUCGGAUCGAUCGGUGGAUUUACCAUACAGAAAGUGGAUUGGUGCAGAUCCAUUGCUUUCGAAAACUGUUAACGUAAGACGUUCAUAAACAUACAUUCAAAAAGAGUCCAUGUUAUUACCUACUCUUGGAUAGAGGUUGCAUUUAUUAAGCCGGAACACAAAACUCGAAAGAACUCGUCGGAAAUUAGAAGUGUAUUUUUCAAAUCGUAUUAGGAUUAAAUAUAACGAUUCCGCAGAACGACGCCUGUGUCGAAAUUGAUACUUGGUUUCGCUCGUGCCUUUUAAUAUCAUGUGGUAUUAUAUGUAAAAUACAUUAGUAACGAUCACUCAUGUAUUUUAUCAUUUACAAAUUUGUCAAUAGCCAUCCGACGCUCACAUACCUCUAUUAACAAGUUUGUCUUACUUCGCAUCGCGACCAGCGUGACCCCUUGUACUCAUCUGAUUUAUUCACAUUUAUUUUUAGUAUUUUUCAAGCAGCUUAGUCAAUUGUAGGCAGCUUGAGUGUCAGAUGACAAUUGUCAGCUUGGUAAAAAAGAGGCCAGAGCGAAAUUAGAGUCCAUCUACACUGUUUACACGUCAUACAUUGUUACUGCCAAGGAUGUGCAAACUUAUAGUGGUAACAAACGGGCGUACCGGACCGCGACAUUGGUGCGGUCAGCUAUAUCCUUAUCUCCUUCUAAGUUUCAAUUAUAGUUGCGUACUUUAACGGAUGUACGGUUAACCAACUUCCACUCGCAGGCCUCGGACCCGUACCAAGAUCGUGGCCCGGUACGCCCGUCUGUUAGUGCUUUUAGUGUAGGUAGACGAACUCUAUCGCCUUUUGGCUUUAGGAAUAAGGAAAUUUGAAUAUCUAUUGGCAUCUGGCGUAGAAAUGUAGAAUGUUUGUGUCAUUUCGUAUGCUUGACAAAGGUUUAAAUGCCACCUAAAAUGUAUGUGAUGUGGUCGCACAAGACGCCCAAAAAUACAGCAAUCAAUAUUUUCUUCCAUUCAUCGGUUAUACACAACAACCAUCUCUAUCUAAAGAUAACGAGAUUUCCGAAACUGAACAGUGCGUCUGAAUUUCAAUAAUAAUUAAUAAGGUACAUAAUUAUGUAUAUUGUUCAAAAUACUUAGUAGCGUUUAUAGGGUUAAACAAAUUUCAGAAAAGGUCUCUUCUGUAAAUAAAACAUCAAAAGUAAACGACCCGGAUACAUAUACACGUAUAGUCACGUUUUUCUUAAAUGAGUCUCAAAUACUUACUGAAGAAAAGUAUCCCGUCUGUAAGGGUACAGUUCAAAAACUAGAUUUUUAUUAUCUUUAGUUUGCGCGAUGUCUUUUUUUUUUAUAACGAUAGGCAAGCGUUUGACCACGAAAAACGCGAACGAGUUAAACAUACCUACAAUAAAAUGUGUAUGACCCUUAUAGCCGUAACGAGGACCUUUAACUUAAGAUGGAUGACCCGUAUAAAGGGCCAAUUACAUCCACACUUCCCGAUAUCAGGCCCGAAAUCAGCCCCGAUGUCGGGCCUGAUAACCGUUUCCCGGGAUACUAGCAAAUUUUUUACAAUAUUUGAAAUGUAAAAAAAUGGUUCUUACGCAAAAAUAUUGAACAUUUUUGGCAAUUAGAGACAAAGUAUUUUUUUAAAUGUCAAAUAUUGUACAAGAGAUUUGGUGAAACGAAAAAUACUCUUGCUCGGGGCCAUAGCGGGUGCGGAUGUAAUUGGCCUUUAAGCCAAAUUUAAUUGACAGCCUAAGUCUGUGGAGCCGCUAGAUACCUUUAAAGACGUCACACCCGUUUUACAUCUCUGCGGUGAUUCUCUUAAAAGUAACUCAAACACAACAGCUGUAGUAUACAACGUUCAAGCUAAUUUCAAGAUAAUCUUCAGAGACGGCAACACAGUUAUAACCGUUUCUCGCAACCACGCCGAAAGCGCACAAAGGUGUGAAUUUCGUUUGACUAAUUUCCGUCACGUUUCUGUCUCGAAUUUCGUCGCGUUUACGGUGAGCUAUCCCUUACGGGAACUAAGAUUUUGAAUGGCUAUGGUUAAUUUCUUAAUUAAAGAUCCGUGUAAUCUCUCGACGCAUAGAUGCUGACGUUAUGUUAUGGCAUUGACAUACUCGUAUAUCUGAGAACGGGCUUUACGGGCAAUAAGAAUGGGACCAGUACAGCGGUGUCACGCACACGAAUUCGAGCCAAUCGCGCUGUCUAACGCCAAAACGCGAUUGGUUGACGAGUUCGCAUCACGCGCGCGAUUGGUCGCAGCUAGUUGCGUUAGACUGCACGAUUGGCUCGAAUUCGUUAGUGCCCACUGAACUAGCACCAUUAAGGCACGUCCUUAAAUAUAUGUCAAUGUGUCGUGGUGUUAAGUAAUAGCUGUAAGUCUUAACAUUAACUUUUAUUUUUUACUUUUUAUGUUACUAACACACAUACGGGCUGUAAAUGCCUGAAAUAAACGAUUAUUUACUUUAAUGGUAUAACCAGCUAUUUUGAGACGUGGAAAAAGCAAACUUGGCAAUUAAUGUUUUCCUUGUUUUGAAAAAAUUACCGAUUUAUCGAUGUCGCCUUAUAUGAUUGUACAAGAAAUAAGUCUUCUUUAAGUAAUUACUUGUUAUUAAAAUGCUUGUGAAUACAGAUGACAAGUUACUUGACUUUCAGGAUUAUGGACUUAAUUAAAAGAGUCAUGUCAUACGCUCACUUUAUCAAGGUACAAGUCAUGUAAGAUGUAUAGCGCUUCUUACAUCUACACGGUCGCUGGGCACUUUUUGUAGAAAACUUUUUGCCUCCAUACAAAAAGUACACGGCGACCGUGUAGAUGUAAUAAGGUCAAACCAAGACAAGUCUUUAACGAUUUUGACAGUACACGCAGUGCCAGUGUUAUUUAUUCAUCAUAAUUUCAUAGAAGUUCAUAGAAGGCGUUUAAAAUAACACUUGCACUGUGUGUGCUAUCAAAAUUGUUGCAGACUUGUCUCGGUCUGACUCUAGCUUAUAAAAUGGCAACAACAGAGUGACUUUUAUGCUUGUAUUCAAUGUUGCGUCAAAUAAUAAUUUAAACAACACCAAUAAAAUAAGAGAAAAUUCUAAAUGAGAUUGUCUCAAAACAUGUGGAAGUUAUUUAACUUUUUGAACGCUUCAUGUCAUAUACACAAACAUCACUCAAAGCUCCCGGGCGCAAGCGAGCUAAUGUAAACUUUACGUGAAGGUGUGAAGGUUACUUUGACAGCGUACGUCAUGAUCAUGACUCCUAUGUGCCCACAGCGCCAAGGACAACUAGUAACGACGCCUUAACCCCUAAGGCGUCGUUACUAUUCAUGGCGUUCAAAGGGUUAAAGAGCGUGCUAUAAUGGUUUAUAAUCUACGAAGCUGAUGCUUUGGCCCUUCUUUUCCUCCAUAGGAAAAGGGUUGAAGCAUUUAUUUGGCAUAUUUCUAAACCACCUUUAGUUGUUUUGCGUCGUUUUGUGUAAAAUAUAAAUGUAUGAUGCACUAAAAUUACUUGAUAGAUAGUUUAAUUUUAGAGAAUUAUUAUACAAUGUUGUAUUGUGUGUUAAGUACAUUUUAAAUUACUAAACACGUGAAGUUAUACUGUUUAUUAGGAUUUUAUGUUAAUAAUAAGAAAAGUGACAAUAGUUUUAAAAUUACUAUUUCAUUGCCCAUGGUGGUAUGUAGGUGCGCAUAACAUUAUUUCAUAUAUUAUUAUUAAAUAUUAAUACAAAAAUAGCAUUUCAAUUUUUGUGAACUGAAAUGGGACUAAAAUAAGUUUCAAUAUUUCUCCACCCUAUCUUUAGAUAGACGAUAUAAAUUAUUUUUAAUAUGGAAUUCGGAUCUUGAUAAAAUCCAACUACGUCAGGUCUGCAUCGACUUGGGAAGUGACAGUGUGGGGGCACCACCAUUAUAAGCGCUUAUUACAUCUUCACGGUCGCCAGACACUUUUUGUAGAAAAGCCGAUCGGCAAUACAGAAAGCGCCCGGCGACCUUGUAGAUGUAAUAAACGCUAAAGUCAGAUUGCUAAGUCUGUGGCUCCUCUACACGAUGGCCCAGCGUAGGCCAGUCCAAGGGACGCAUUUAUGCGUUAAAGGGAGCAAGUUAUAUUGCUAUCUCAUUCCACUGCAUAGCUGCGUCCCUUAGACUGGCGGACGAUGGGCCAUCGUGUAGAGGAGCCUUAAACUUGCCUUAGGCGGAAUCGGAUUUAAAGAUAUACUUAAUGUUGUUAAACAUAAGUAACAAAACAAACUGUUUUAACUAAGUAUCUAAAUCUAAAGUCUAACUAAAUGUUUCUAACCUAACAUAAACUUUGUACUUAGAUUCCACGGAAAUAUUCAAGCUAUAAUGUGAAUGUUUUCUAUUGAAAUUCAUCAGGAGAUUUAUAAUCUGGCCAACCAUUUCAUCACAGAUUGCAAAAACAAACAAAUUUGCUGUUAGGUUUUUUUUAGUGUCUCAACACGGUCGCUCGGCACUUAUUGUAAGGGAACUCGCAACUGUAAUAUAGAGCCAAUUACAUUUUUUGUCAGGUCUGAUAUCAGACCCCAUUUCGGGCCCGAGAAAUAGUAUUAAUCCGUUUCACCAAAUAUCAGCACAUCGUUUACAAUAUUUUAAAUGAAAAAAAUAUGGUUCAUAUCCAAAAAUAUCAAACAUUGAACAUUUUUGGCAAUUACAAAAUAUUUUUUACAUUUCAAAUAUUGUUAACGAUGUGACGAUAUUCCGUGAAACGGAAUAUGAGUAUCAGGCCCCGAAUCGGGACUGAUUUCGGGCCUGAUAUCGGGAAGUGUUGAUGUAGAAUAAAAUAGAAUAGAAUUUGUUUUAUUCAUAAACACACAAACAGUAACAAACACAUAAAAGAGAAUCUAGUGAGAGUAAAGUGUCACGAAAUGGCCUCAUCUCAGCAUGUUGCUGGCGACUUCCAGCGCUGAUCUUCUGAUGAGACCAUCGAGUGCGAAAUAAUCACGGAAGGUAACAGACAAAAGGAAAUAAACAUAAAAUAAUGUAAUUGGCGCUUAAGCGUUAAAUCUCAACUCCAACGUCAUUAUUAUUUUUUCUGAUAUAUCGCCUUUUUACGUGACACGGUGGCUGGCCAGAUUAUAAAAAUAUUGUUAAACCAUUUGUAUAGGUAAUGUCACAGUACUGUGUCUUACAGAUUAGUAGAUCCAUUGCCAAUUACGAGAACCAGUCAUGACCGUUAUUAGAAUUAGAGGGGAAAUAAAAAAAAAUAAACUUAGAGGUUUCAUUGACAUAUAUCUAUGGUCGGGCCUUAGGAGCAAUAGGAAUGGGGUCAGUACAUCGGUGUCACGCACACGAAUUCGAGCCAAUCGUGCAGUCUAACGCUACAACGCGAUUGGUUGAUGAGUUCGCAUCACGCGGGCGAUUGGUCGCAACUAGUUGCGAUAGACUGCACGAUUGGUUUGAAUUCGUGGGUGACACCACUGAACUAGCACCAUUCUUAAGGCCCGUCCUUAGAUAUAUGUUAAUGGGUUUUAUACUGUAGCGCUUAUUAGUUAUUACAUUGACACGGUCGCCGGGAACUUCUUGUAGGAAAGCCGGUCAGCCUCCUUAGAAAAACUGCCCGGCGAUCAGGGUUCGAAAGGAUAAAUAUCAAUGAUAAUUAUCGUUAUUUUUAUGCCUGAUAUUUAUCGAUUUGAUAAUAACCUAAAAUGUAUAAAAUGCGGUAUGUUUAAAAACAAAUCGCGCGUGAAUUGGAAAGUUGAUAGUUGCGUUAAAUAAUUAUAGCACCAUCCAUAUCUGGGAUAAUUAUCAAAGACUAUAAUUAUCUGGAUAAUUUCGAACGCUGCCGGCGAUCGUGUAAGUAGAUGUAAGCGCUUAUAAUUAUAACAUUUAUCUAAAUUUUUCGUUCUUUUCUAAUGACAUCAUGGCUGGCCAGACUAUAAUAUUUAUUAUUUUUUUUACUUGCAUUUCCGCAAGAAAAAAAUUAUAAGAAAUACAAUCAACCAAAGUAUUUCUUUAUUUAACGUAUAACUAUAAAUACCUAGGCAUGAUAAAGAAAUCAUUUAUAUCAUAAUGUAAUUGCAGCCUUCUUCUUACCUAAUAUAACUACCUGUUCCUUUUUUUAAAUAUUUAAAGUUCUGCGUUAUAAUUUUCGAAACUCUAUAGAAAUAAGGUGUCCCGUUAAAGUAAUAUUUAAGUCGUACAAUUCAAAUUUUUAAACAGCACAAAAUGUUAACACCGUUUUUGAAUACCCGGUGUAUAGUGCCAAGCGUUAAAAUAAAUAUUAAAAAAAAACAGUUAAAAGGAAUUGUUAAGGGGAUUUUAGAUCCAUCCGAUCGCCGAAGACGUUUGAAUGAAUGAAUGAUAUCAAUUAUCAUGCUGCUAAGACCGACAGGGUUUAGCGCUUAUUACAUCUACAUGGUUGUCGGGCCCUUUUUGGACGAAGGUAGACCGAAUUUCCUACAAAAAAAUGCCUUGCCAUUUGUAGAUGCUGUGUAUAGUCAAACCAAGCUAAGUUAGCAGCGAUUUUGAUAGGCCAGCCUAUGCAAGUGUUCAGUAAACGUCAUAAUUUCAUAGCUGUUUGACGUUUAAAAUAACACUCACUGUCUGGUCUAUCAAAAUCGCUGCCAACUUAUCUUGGUCUGACUCUAGACGCUUUUCUCUGUGCCUCUCACCAGAAAUUAUCCGGCGACCGGAUAAAUCUAAUAAUCCAUUUUAUCACCCAUAAAAUAAAUACGUUCAUUAUUUAAUUAGUAAAUCGAGAGAAAGAAAAUAAUAAUUUUUUAUUUAUUAAAUUUUUCUAUGUAAUUCUGUUUGAAACUUCCGAAAUACUGUCGCAAAUAGUGGCAAAAUACAUGUUCUACUUCUAGGGGUUAUUACAUGUAUAAUUUCACAGGAAGUUUUCUGCUAUUAUACAGCUAAUAAACACACACAGAGAGAGAGAGAGAGAGAUAUCUUGGUCCUUUACAGCAGAUAAUGUCCUGAAUGGGAUACCUACAUGAAUAACCCCUGUAUAUAUGUGGCUCAUGUACGAGGAACAAAAGGUGUUGCCAUGUAACGCAUUCGCUUUACCAAAAAAUGGCGCUUUAUUACUAGUAUAUUUUAUCUUGCUGUUCUAUAGUUUAAUAAUAUGAUUAGUCUUACACACUGAAGUGCCCUGCUUUUUUAUCCAAGAUAUUUGUAUAGUUUAAGGAAAAAAUAUUUAUCUUGUAAAAAAAUUCUCAAUUACAUAGUGGACAUUGUCCUGAGGGCCUAGGGCCUACUGCGAAUAUCGAAAAUCUAAAUUUAAUUUUCGACCGCUCGAAUAUAUAAGAACGAUAAGCGCUUAUUACAUCUACACGAUCGUCGGGCACUUUUUUUAGGGAGGCCGACCAGCUUUCCUAUAAAAAGUGCCCAACGACCGUGUAGAUGUAAUAAGCGCUAUUAUGGAGACGCCGAUGUUGAGUUUCGAAUUUCGCGGUAGAUGCGCUGCAAUUUAUACUCACAAGACCAUGACUAAUUUGGGGCUUCUUGUGGACUUCAAAUUUUGUGGAGAUAUUUUAUUUCAUUUCUUACGUUCGCAGUUAUAGACAAGAAACACCAAAACAUGUAAUGUGGUGCAAAAUAUCGUAGCAGUUAAGUUUCGGCGCUUAUUAAAGCCUGACCAGUAAUAUAUGGUCACGCGCCAUAUUGCGAAAUUUCAUUGGAAGUAAAUUUUUCAUUAUGGAGUGUGGAAUUAAGAGGAGUGACAUCUCUUAUGGUAGAACUGUUGCAAAAGUGUCCAGCUGUCAGCUAUAAAUAAUAGUUCCAAAUCUCUCCAGAGUAGCGCUAGAGUAGCUAAGAACCUAGGCUCUAUUGACGGAGUGAAGUGCGCUGUCUAUGAUUUGAUUUUUUUGUUCAAGUAUUCUAGGUAUUGUAGCGCCACCUAUUUAAGGUUUUUUGAUGACACUUUUUGGUACAUGGAGAUUUAUUUCCUUACCUCCACCUUCCGUAUUUUUCAUACUAAACUGAACUGUCACCCUAUACAUGAAAAUAACAGCGCCCUCUUGACAAUGAUCGUAUAUUUCUGUUCGGGCUUUACAUCUAUAUACACGGUCGCUCGUGUUGAUGUAAUAAGCGCCUUAGCGGAAGAUGGCGCUAUAUGUCCCUUUCAAGAUGGCGGAAACUCGAGUUUAUGCUUAUUUGUGCAUGAAACUGAACCUAAGUGAUUAAAUAUAAGGGUCCGCUCAUUGAUAUUGUCUAAGAAUAUUAUUUCCAAUGGAUUUAUCCUUGUCUUGUCUCGUUGAAACACAAAAUAUGACGUCGCAUAACAUUGAUCUACUUUCAUGAGCAUCACCUACUGAAAGAGAUGAAAUACACACUUGUUUUUGCAUCUCUUUUAGCAAGUGAUUCUCAUCAACUACUGAAAUAGAUGCAAUACACACUUGUUUUUGCAUCACUUCCAGAAGGAUAAUUUUAAUCACCAUCGAUCGCCAGCAUCACCUACUGAAAUAGAUGCAAUACACACUUGUUAUUGCAAUUCUUUUAGCAAGUGAUACUCAUCACCUACUGAAAUAGAUGCAAUACACACUUGUUUUUGCAUCUCUUUCAGAAGGAAAUUUUUUAUCACCAUCGAUCGCCAGCAUCACCUACUGAAAUAGAUGCAGAUCUCUUGACAGUAGCUCAAAAGUUGUUUUCAAACGAAUACAACACAGACUACUAGAGAUGGUCUGUUGAAUACAAUUUCUCAGUUGCUGUCAAGAGAACCCUUCAGAAAGGGACUGCAAUACCUGCGUAACGUCAGUCAGUGUCAUUUAUCUCGCAACAACACAAAACGAGACGAUUAUAUAUCUAUUGAAUUUAAUGUACUUGACAUUUCCUAACAUUGUAUUGUAAUCUAAUAUAAUUUGUCAUUUUUAAAGUAAUCUUUCUCUUAAUGAUAUUAAUAUACUCAUGGACGCAUCAUUAUAAUAUGGAAAGGUCAUUGUAUUGUACUUAUUCGUAAUGUUGCCAUAUCAAAUUGUUUUUCGUAAUCUGGAAUAAAGAUUUUUUAUCUAGUUGUCCUUAUAUGUACUUAAAUUAUACGGCCCCAGCUAGA